GGUACGACGGAGUCGCCUAGAAGCCGCUGCAGCGGGCUGCUCCGGGAUCGCGAUAACUCUCUCCCUCUCUCUCUCUCUCUCUCUCUUUCCUCUUUCCAUUUCGUCAGAGGUCGUCUGGCGACCUCGCGACGAGUUCACGCGGGUCGAGCCGUUCCGCGAGAACAACCACGACGACGACGACGACGACGACGACGACGAGCACGGUGAAGAAGAACGCGCGUCGACGACUGGAGGAGGAAAGGGACUCCGUUGUUGACUAGCCACCGUCAGGUAGGCAGUGCAAAAGGAGACUGGAGGUGGACAAGUGGAAUCCAAGGGGGUGGGGAUGGAGCCGGAGCAACGAGGACGCGCCUCGCGAGCGUCGUCGACGUCGAGCCUCGGUCGCGAGGUACGUUGCGGGUGUCAGUACUACCAGAGUGACUCGCUUCUGCCGGAACGAAGCGCUCUGCUCGGUAGACCGCCGUCCAGGACGAUGCAGCAGCCACCUGCGGUCCGCUGCAGCGAGCACGAGUACGAGCCGAUCGCGGCGCCGACGCCGUCGCCGUCGCCGAAGCCGGUGUUCCCGCCGGUGGUGCGAAUCACCGAAACGGACGUGGUGGCCGUCGCUGACAGCGACGACAGCAUCGACGACCGGGCACGGCUGCCGCCAGAGCUGACGAGGAUCGGCGAUGUCGUCCUGCCGUUGGACGGCAAGAUCGAGGACACCGCGAUGGAGGGUCGGGAACUCGGCGAGAAUGGCGACACCUCCGAGGAACAGGAAACGCCGCAGCAGCUCCAGGAGAGGCUCGAGGAGCGGUUCUUGAGCGCCCCGAGCCCUGGCGCCGAGUCCAGGACCGAUGCCGAGGUCAACACUAGCCAGGUAGACUCGUUGGCAUUGGAGGAGCUGCCGCUGCGUCGCGGUGCCCGCGGUUUGCCCCAGCGGCUGAAAACGCAGGCGGGCAAGCUGCGUUCACGCUUGAGGAACAUCCAGCGGCCGACGUUGGGGUUCGCGGAUCGUCAGAAGCCCGAGAAGACACGAUCGGGCAGCAGCGGCAGGUCGGACAGGUCCAGGACCGAGAAGAGACCCAGUCGAAUGGAUCGUAUACGGUCGUCGUUCUCGGAGAGGACGCGAUUCAAUCUGCCGAAUCGUCCCAGGUUCUCGCUGCCGGAUCGGUCCAAGUUUCACCUGCCGGAGAGACCAAAGUUUAACCUGAAGAAGCCGAACAUACGUCUACCGAACGCAUUGACGCGCAGCAAGAAGCCGUCGUCGCCGGUGCACGAGCAACAACGGUCCACCGACUCCACGGUCGGCUCGCGCAGAAACAUCUUCGACCUGUCCACGUAUCCGCGUAUAUUCGACAGAAAGUCCAAGAACCGGGACGAGUACACGACCUCCACGCCGAAGGACUCGCGGGCUCAGUCCGCGGAGAGCGCGACGUUCCCCAGAACGCGCAAGAACCCGACCCUGAGCGACAGAUGGGCCCAGAGAUUCGAGGAGACCGCCCCGUACAUCGACGAGGAUCGUUCCGACGCGGAGACCGCGGUGGAGAGAGCACGACCGUGGCGGCGUCCGUCCUUGGAGGCGCCCAGAUUGUCCUUGGGGGUGGCGGACGAGGCGCUGUCCUCGAUUCCCUGGGAGGAGAAACGUCGUCUGGAGCAACUACGGUACACGGAGUACGAGCAAGAAUCCACCGAGGCCUCGGACCGGCAGGCCCGUCCGCGAUCGGAGGCGUCCAGGACCGAGGAAGAGGAACUGUCCGAGCGAAUGGAGCUCGAGCCUGGGCUGUACAAAGAUCGCGAGGAACACAAGGUGGUGUACAGGGAGGAGGACGCCGAGGAGGAGUGGACGGAUGAACGGAUCGGCCGCGAAGACUUUAGACCCGUUCAGCGAUCGCGGUCCUUGGAGGAGGUGUUGCACGCCAGAGAGAAGGAACAAUACGGGAGCAAUUUCCCGAUGGUCGAUCCGAGGAGGUACGGAGUGCACAAGACGCCCUCGGAGGAGGAGGAGUACGAGGAGGACAUGGACAUGGACGAGGAACCGGAACCAUCGUCCGCUCAGUCGGACAGGGAGCAGCAGCACUCGAGCGGCAGCUCCUGCGACCGACGACGCCGCGGCGUCAUUGAGGAGAUCGACUCGGACGAGUUCUUUCUGAGGGAGGCAGGACUCAGCCAGGGCGACGCGAACCUUGGGAAAUACCUGAGCCACGAGAUCCGGGACGCACUUCGAGAUGCGAUCGGGAGCAACGCGCUCGCGGACGAGGAUAUGCGAACGGUGCUUGUUCCUCCGCAACGACCCACGCGAAAACGGACCACGCGAAACCAGAAGGAGGGUUCGAUCGAAUCGUACGACACGAUGCCGCCCGUCAGGCCGAACAGAGACCCGAACAGGGCUCGCCGUAGCGAAUCCGCUGACGAACAGUCCCGCGAACGCACCAGAAGCGACUCCAGGCACCGCGUGGUCUACCAGACAGACCCCGGUCAGGAAUUAACCGCGCCGGAACCGUUGGACGACAUCGUCGUGGUGAAGCCCGUGCGCAGGAAAUCGAGAUCCUCUCAGCGCAGCCAAUCCCAGACAGCAACGGAGGAGCCGCGUCCACCGUCUCCGAGUCCCGUACCGCCGGUGGUUCCCACGCGCCGGAAACGUUUGCGCAAACAGGCGUCGGCGGAACGCGUCGACCACGAGCCGAGACCAAUUUGCAACGGACACACCGAAUGGACCGAGAAACCCCUACCGCCGUUACCGGCCACGACCUUGGAUGAGACUCGAGCGUACGCGAGCCAGGGGAUCAUGAUGAUGACCGACAGCGAGGAGGACAUUCGAAGGCUGAUGACGCGCCUUCGGGAGGAGGAGUACAUGGAGCCGGGUCCGGUUCCACCGAAACGAAGGUCAAGAUCUAGGGGGACCUCCGUGGCCCAGGACGAGGACAGAACGUCUCACGGCGCGGAGUCGUUGCCGGAGGCUGACUACGCGGAAGAGGAGAUCCCGCCGGAUGACCUGGAGUUUGCCCGCGAUCUGUCGGGUUACGCGAUCGUCGAGAAACGCGACAAGCCGGCCAGACCGCCGCCGCCGCCGCCGCCGCAGCGACGGAAACGCGACAAGUUCGCGACGACGCCGCGACCGAUAACGGCACCGAAACGACCCCAACGAGCUUACAGCACGCUGGGGCCAGCCAAGACCAGGGACGGUGAGAUGCUGGCGGAAUCGUUCCCGUUCGCGGUCACCUUGGAACCGGAACAAUCGGCGGGCUACGUCGAGGUAGACUCGGACGACGCGGAGCAAAAGGAUCUGCGCAGCAGCGAGGUCCUCAGCAAGAUGCAAGGACGUCCGUUGCCGGCACCGCCAAGGCCGCCCAGGUUCAGGAAGGACCAUCAUCAGACGACGAUGGAACGCUCCGCGGCCGUGGAAGCAACCGCCGCGACGCAAACGGACCCGUUGCCCGACGACAUGGUCAUCGAGGAGGAAGUCACUCAGGCGAAGUUGGUCGUAAUGCCGUCUAGGUCCGGUUCGCAGAUCACGGUCUCCACGGAACGAAUACCCAGCCCGUCUGUCAUGGCCGCGCCUCUCGUUCCGCCAUUGCCGUCGUCCCAACGUCUCCGCAAAGAGGAUCAAACGGAGCCCGCGUUCGACACGGUGUCCUUGACGGAUCCGUCGCCGGCUCGCGAGCCCUUGGAGAGCAGACACCGGUCCGCGCCGCACUUGGAUCCGACCGGCGAGGAACCACUUAUCCGCGACGAGGACGAGCACGCUAGAGCCGUACGAUCCGUCCUGCUGUCGAACGAGCCUGUGAGGAUCGGCAACCUCGAGGUAGGCGAUCUGAGGGUCGACAGGCUCAGCGUGUCGCAAAUUGAGGCGGGUAAAAUCGUCGCGUCCGAGGUGGACGCUUUGCUGAUCAGCGCGUCCGAAAUAAAGGGCAUGGGAGCCGUGCUCGAGGGGAGCUUCUCGCCGUCCAUUAUCAAGGAGCUGAUAGCCAUCAGGAGCCACUUGGAGAUCGCGGCCGCUUCGCGAGCGCGGGACAUCCAGACAGACAUUCCCGUUAAAGAGAGUCGAACCGUCCAACAGGAACAACCACGGGACCAGCACCAGCAGCAGGAGCAGCAGAUCCUCCAACGACAGAGCCCCACGGAAGACGAUAAAUCAAUGUCGAUCGAGGAGCAAAAGGUUGUUAAAAGAGAAGUAAUCGAAUCAAGGGAUAGCGACAUACCCGUAACACACACAUUAGCCGUUGCACAAGUAGAUAUCAAGGAAAACCCGGUAACGCGUACACCCAACGACAGAGACAUACCUCUCAUACAUUCACCCCCAAUCGUUGCAACCACCAAAGAUAAGCCGUUGCGGUUUUUUGAUUCAGAAUCCCCCCUUUCUUUGAGCUCGGGUAUCGCUAAGGAGCUCGAGGUGGAAGAGUUCUGCCGCGUGUCCCUUACCCCGUCCGUAACAACGACAGGAGAGACCAUGGAAUCGACGAGUUCUGCUACCGACGAGGCCAGCAGCGAGCAAACCGAGACCACCGAACCAGGCCAGGACAGGGACAGUUCCAACGAGACCGCGGAACUCAAGUCGCGAAAGACGCGAUCCAGAUCACCGUCGCCCAUAAGUAUUUCCCGAACGCGGGAGACCGCUUCCCCGAUCAGAUCGUUGCCGCCCGCCAUUUCUGUCACGCCGGACACACCGGAUGUACCCAGUCACAGCAUCACCAGCGAGAUGCAACCGCAACGAGCCGUUAUCUCGUACACGUCGUGCACGGAGUCAGCCUCUAGGGAAAGGGAAACUUUAAGAGAAUUCUCGCAAUCGCCGUUGCCCUCCUCCUUUCCCAUUGCCGGAACUCACCUAAUAGCGUUUCCGGCCUCUCAGGUUCCGGCUCAUUUUCUUUCCCUGGCCGCGCAGACGGAUCAACGGCUCGACAACGAUCCGAGCAUCGCGGACAGUACGAGGCAAUUGCUCAGAAUCCUUCGAUUAGCCGGUAUUAAAGCUAUGAGACAUUUUGUAAGUUACACGUCGACCAUGAUAGGCGGAGAUGAUACCAGAGAAAAGAUCAAGGAAGUGGAGUUGGCGUUGUGCGCCCUGCUAAUUUUAAUAGCGGGUCUCUUGAUAUUUUUCUUUGGUAGUACGCGAACGGUAACGCAUCAUCAUCAUUGGGAUUACUUCAAUCCGCCCAAAUAA